AAUAUCAACACAUUAAAUGCAGCUUAUACACAAACCAACGUUUUUGAUAUGAACAUUGAACUUUUCUUGUCAAAAAAAUAAUUCUGUUUAAAGUUUUUAAGAAAAACGCCAUUACACGCGACUAUGGUCGGGUUUAAAAUCCCCUGUGUAAAAUCUUAUACAGGAAAAUGGAGAACAAAAAAAGGAAACAACAGAGACUUGAAUGCGCGUUAAGUUAAAAGAGCUGCUGCGUGAUGUAGACGGCCAUUCGGGCAGUUUUUGACAACAACGUUCGCUGCUCAAUUACUAAUGUCGUCUUGUACGCCCCCGCUGCCGACAACAUCGAUAAAAUAAGCGCUACGUGUACAGUCGCGUACGCUCUGUUUAUGUAUUUAUCAGUGUGUGUGCGCGCGUGUAUAUGUGUGUGUGCUCGGAGACCUGACGCGUCACAGCUCGCUCUGCAGCAGCCGAGGCUCCGGUGCUGAACAGUCUUUGCCGUCGCAGCAGAAAAAGAGUGGACUAGGCAAGGCUGGGUGAAUGUGGGCCAGGUUAAGGAGCGUGGCAGGAUGGCGUCCACGGGUACGCAGAUCUUCGCCUUUGUGCUUUCGCUGCUGGGCAUCUUAGGUGCCACGGUGGCCACGUUGUUGCCCAACUGGAAGGUUAGCGCAGACGUCGGCUCCAACAUCAUCACUGCCAUCUCACAGAUGCAGGGGCUGUGGAUGGACUGCACCUGGUACAGCACAGGCAUGUUUAGCUGCACACUAAAAUACUCUGUGCUGGCACUGCCUGCAUACUUGCAAACAGCACGCACCACUAUGGUGCUUUCAUGUGUACUGGCAGCAUUAGGAUUAUGUUUAGCUUCUUUGGGCUUGAAGUGCACCCGCUGGGGUGGAGGACGGCGUGCUAAACGCCAUGCUGCCAUGGCAGCCGGCGCCUGCUUUCUGACCUCUGGCUUCCUCUGCUUAUUUCCUGCCUCCUGGUACACCAAUGAGGUUAUUGUCAACUUUCUAGAUGCAAAUGUGCCAGAAAGCAACAAGUUUGAGCCAGGAGGUGCCGUCUAUGUAGCCUUCGUCUCGUCUGGUUUCCUUUUCGUAGGUGGAUCCAUUUUCUGUCUCUCUUGCUCGGGUAAGCGACACGGCCCCCAGGAUUUAAUACUGCUCCCUCCAGAUAAACUCCUCUUGCAGCAACAACAGCAUCUGCUGCAACAACAGCAGCAACAGGAGCUGCUCCAACACCAGUAUUGCUCUCUCUCACCCCUGGAUAAUAAGACUGGCUACAGCGUUCAGGACUAUGUAUAGGGGGAGCCAGACACGUGAAAUGCACUGCCACUCAACCCCUGGCUCAUGUAAUAAUGAGAUGAAAAGGCAGGAGGGACCAAGGCUUUGAAGCCUCUGUCUCCGAUUUUUUUUUUAAGAUCAGCAAGCACAAAACAAAACUGGAGUUAUUCCUCUAAAUAAGGUCUUGGAAGAGACAGAUUGUGAAUGCUGAGGGAUAAAUGGAAGGAACACUGCAGUAGCAACAGCUAAUGCUCUGUGCAAGACUGACAAAGAAAGAGAGGAAGAUGAUGAAUAAAGGCACAUAUCCAGCAUCCUAGUAAAUCUUAUUAAAGUGUUCCCCUGGGAAGGGAUUUGCAACAAAGGAAUGUUUUUGCUACUUCAAAUCCCGAAACAGCCCCCAGCACCCCCACCCAAAGUGAAGAACUUAGAAGCAAUUGUUUAGCUGCUAACAAUCGUUUGGUAACCUCUUGUUGAAUAUUAGAUGGCAAUAUGUCUUUAAGAGGCAACAGUAUGGAAGACCCUGCAUUUGGAAGAUAUGCUUUUUUACUCAUGUAAUGGUUGUGUUAAUGAAAUCUUAUUAUGGUAGCUGAUAGGUUGAUUGAUAUUCUGCAUAAGCAUGCUUUCUGGAGCCUGUGCAUAAUGCAGUGGAAUGCCUGAUGUAGACUGAAUCGUAGCCAUAUAGCCUAUGCCUAAAGAGCUGUAGUAUAUAAACCGCUGAAACUGUUUAUAGAGCGGGAGGAAAGAGUGAAUAGAGGUUGCUGGGUCAGGCAUAAAUGGGAAAUCCAUAGAGGCCGAGAGAAGACUGCCCCAUCAAGUCGUGACAUUGUGCUGUUCAACACUUUUGCCCCAAACAAUAACAAGCUACCUUUAGCUCAGUGUGCGCUGUGCACUGACUUUAUCAUGCAGACACUCGUAUAUACAUUGCUGCAUGUGUGCAUUUCACGUAUGCUGCUUCUCACUGCCAUGGAAAUGGUAUUCUACAUCCAAACACAUACAUUGUCUAGGUUAUAACUCUAUAGAUUUCAAGAAAAGGAAGGGGAUCCUCUGUGUAUUGGGCUGGAGUGCGUCAUGAAUCACUUCAGGAACAUCAGGGGGGUGGUUGGUAUUUACAGACAAAACCUUGUGUGUCAUCCUCUCUUGGAUUGGGGGAUUGUACUCUGACUCUGAAUCUAAUCUUUAGGACAUAAUCUACAUUCAGCAAUUUGGGAUAAAAAACAUACUAAAUAACGUCAAUAUAACACGUCACAAUUGUAUUUGUUAGCAUUAGUUAAUUAAUGCCAAUACAACUGUACAUGAUUGUACAUGACAUAAUUUUAUUAGCUAAUGCUGACUUUGACAUUGCUUUUGUUCAUUGCGGAUUAAUGCUAGUUAAUGCAUUAAUUUAUGUUAAAUACAACCUUAUUAUAAGGUGUUACCUUAGUAGCAUUUUCAUGGCAGUGAAUGAUUCCUGGUGAGACUGCAAUCUGGUAAUGUCAUCACUCACAGGAGAUACUCACAGACCAUUGCCAAAUAGUGCCCAAAAUCCUCAUGCUCAUAUUUAAAUAGCAAAUCUGUCAGCAGAUACACUGGACACAGACAAAAGUAGAUGCUAUCUACAUGCGCCCAAGUUAUACUGAAGGAAUAUUUUCAGUUUCAUAUACAGCAUCUGACGUAUGUUGUCCAUUACUGCAGAAAGCUUGUUUAUGUAUUCCUUUAAAUACAUUUUCACAAACAUGGCCGUGGUUAUUGACGGCGUGCCAAAAUGUGAUGCUUUAUAAACUAAGCCAGAUUAAAUUAUUGUUUGAAGGCAUGCCACAGAUGCUGUCUAUAGCUAUUAAUAUGCCUUAGGGUGCCGGUUACUACUCAUUGUCUUACUCAAAAUAUCUGUAAUAGUGUGUGGCACCCCUCUCUCCCUGAACGCUGGAUGCUGCCUCUAACAACCAGAACAACUGCAUGUCAUGUGCAAAUUUGCCAAUGCAUGAACAUACAACCCCCCCCCCCCCAAUAAGCAUGUGAGAACAUUACAACAAGCCCUUCCCUGCACCCAACUUGUGUCAAAAGUCAAGUGUGUGUUGUGUUUGGAUGUAGUCUUGCUGUUCUAUGCUGUGUAAGGAGCAAUUGUAGUAUUCUGCUCUGGCAAAAAGAGCUUUGGCAGUGAUGGAUAGCACAGCACAUACUUCCCCUCAGAUUCCCACAGGCGAGCAGAUGGCUGUGCUCGCCCCCUGCAGGCAGCAGUGGGCAUACUGAGAUGGCACAGUUGGGCAUUGUGCUGCUUGUCUAUGGCAGAAUAUGGCCUUCUCAGCACACCAUACUAGCUCCUGGACAAUAAUGACGGCCCAUGCACCAUUACUGAAUGCAAUAACCACUCUCCUCCAACAUUUCUAAAAGUAACCGUGCACCAUAUGUUACAGAAUGUGCCAAAACUAUAACUACUUUUCAAAUGUAUGUAAAAUAUUCUGUUCCGUCUGCCAAUUACAAAAGAAUUAAAAGGUGGUUCUAUAGACCACUUUGCGAAAUGUAAACACUGGUCUAGAAGCACUUCCGGUUUAAGAUUAUAUUUAAAAUCUUACAUUUAGAAUUAAAUCUUAAAGAUAUUUGUUUAACAUUUUAUAUCGGCUGUAAAUAUUCUGUUGGUUGAAUUUUGUUCAAAUGUUUGUAUAGGGGAACAGAAAGUUCUUCUGGACCAGCGUUAAACCAGUAUUGUUUACAUCAUCUGAGGUGGUCUGGUAAAAAAGAGGUUUACAGUAAAUCGGUGUGCCAAGUUUCAGGAUUUCGCUCUUAAAAUUCCAAAGCACAAUUAUUUCAGAAUCAUUGACCAUUCUGGGCAGACAAGAAAGAAUCUACACUAUUUACAAUUGUGCUUUGGGAUUUCAUACACGUCAAAGCUCUACAAAUACACCCAUGUGGAUCUUUUUAUGUUGUGGAUCUUUUUAUUUUAUGCAUCCUAUUUGUUCACUGAAAGCACUAUUCAACACCCAAGCAUGUUCACAGCAAAUCUUCUUUAUAAGAAGACAAACAUUACACCUUUAAUUGUGUAACCUCGUUUAAAAUCUAUUUAUUUUUUGUUAGCUGAAACACAUUUAAAAAUACACUAAAAUAAGGAUGAUUACCUGUAGAUAGAUAGUACUAUAAUGUGUCAAAAAGAUGUUUUGGUCAUUUUAAAGACAAACUAACAUAUUGUUAUGGUCCAGCUUGUUCAUUAGCACGAUAAAGUAAAAUGAUUUUCAUAUGACCAGACCAAAAUGAUCGGCCCUUGUUUCUGUUCAGUGGCCUUUUUUUUGCAUAUUUUGGCAAAUUUUGGGGUGAAUGCAUCUGCACUUUUUAUUUUGCAGAGGAUAUUGUUCUCAUGUUUCUGUACUGCUACUUCAGUGUGCUUGUGUAAGUAGUUAUAUUUUUUAUUAAUAAAAAUGGUCAGAAACAGUGUUAUUAUAAGUGCUAAGUCUUAUUUUAUUGCUUGCUGUUUUGAUUAGUUUUGUUAGUUUUGUUAAUGUGAAGAUAACCCUUUCAAUCCA